UAGUGAAGGCUACAUCAGGGGGCGGAGCCUUUUCUUACAAAGCCCCACAGUUAUGGAACAGCCUUCCAAGUAGUGUUCGGGAAUCAGACACAGUCUCAGCGUUUAAUUCUCGGCUGAAAACAUCUGUUUAGUCAAGCCUUGUGUUAAUGGUGUUUAUGAGGUAAAGGAGGAGAUCUGGAGGAUCCUCAGACAGAGUGUUUUGGUAAACUGGGAUGUAUGGAUGCUGUCGUCCUCCCCCCACUCUCACUCGCUCACUCGGGUUUGUUGACGGUGCAGUGGCUGGAUGUUUUAUGUCCCGGGCCUCCCUCAUGUCUGGGUUCUCUUCUGGCUCUCCCUUUUAGUUAUGAGGUCAUAGUUAGUCUCGCCAGAGUCCCUGCUGGCACUCAGCGCAAAAUGUACACUGUUCUUACUCUAAGUGACAUUGGGCAUACCCAACAACCUGUGUUCUCUCUCUCUCUCUCUCUCUCUCUCUCUCUCUCCUUACACAUGUCACUCCUGAGACACCAGUGAUGCUGAACCUCUCCUGCUCCUCAGACCUGCCUGAUCCAUCCUGAUGCUCUACUUCUGGCUGGAGUCUCAUCACAUCGCUCCUGUAGAGGACGGCCCCAUAUGGACAGUCGAAAGACACACUUGGAAGACGCUCUGGACUCUUACAGUAAUGCUUUUAUGGCUGAGGACUACAGUUGUCUCGCUAACUUUAGGACUGCAGUUGUCAUGAACAGUUUUACACUCAAGUUUCCAUCAGUGAACAGUUGAUAACUUCAACAAAACAGACUUCCUGUUAAACUAUAAUGAAUUUUCUGGUGACACAGUUGUACUUUGUGACUCUAUAGGACACAGUUAUAGAAGUGAGUUAUUUAUAAUCACGCUAUCUGUUAUCACCCAGAUGGGGAUGGGUUCCAUUAAGAGUCUGGUUCCUCUUGAGGUUUCUUCCUUGUGUCGUUUCAGGGAGUUUUUCCUCACCACCCCCACCUCAGGUUUGCUCACUGGGGAUAAAUAAAUUUAUUAGGGAUAAAAUUAGCUCAUGUUUAAAGCCUUUAAUUUUCUGUUAAGCUGCUUUGUGACAGUGUCUGCUGUUAAAGGCAUGAUACAAAUAAACCGACUUAAUUUACAGAGAGAGAGAGAGAGAGUAUUGUGCAGUGUGUUCUGAUCGGCUGAGAGCAGUACAGUGCAGUGUGAUUCUGAGAAACAGAGCAUUUUUAUUUUUUGCAAAUUUGAUAAAUAAAAUCUGUUUUUAAAAUGUCAGACAAAAUCAUUUCCACUUAGAAUGUAAACAACCCGGCGAAAUGACAGGAGCAAUUUGUGAAAAAUGCGAUAAUAAUAAUUCUUGAAAAAUAAAAAAUAAAAGUUCUUACCGUCAAAUACUUUUAUUCCAUAUUUUGUUGGGGGUUUUUUGUAUUUUUUGAGGUUUUGUUUUCAAGUAGAGUUUUUAUUUCGUCCUCGGUUCGUUCAGCAAUACGCUCCGCCAUUUUGUUUUUCUCUACUCACGGUAUAUGAGCUGAUACCCUCGUAGUAGAGCAGCCAAUCAGAGCGCACGAUUGCUCAUAUCCAGAGAAUGUGGAGAGAAUAAAAUAGUUCAUUCGUUUUUCUCUUCUCUCACUUCCCCCUCCUCUCAACCCUCCCCCCUCCCUCACACACACACACACUUGAUGCUGAUGUACUGAUGUACACUCCACACACACUCAGCACUGCGCUCUGAUCUCCACACCACUGGAUUCAUCACAACCAUAACUACAGCAGGUGAGCAGCUCACACACUCACCACUUUACACACAAUUGUGUGUGUUUUCUUUUUUGCCUUGAAUAAAUUGGGUUGAUUUACUGACAUACACUCUGAGUGUUCUCAUGCAUGCUGCCAAAAUAAGUGCAAAACUACUCUGUGUGUGUGUGUGUGUGUGUGUAGGAAUUCAGGCUAUCAUCAGUAAAGUCACCUCCAUUUUCAUUUCUCUCUCUCUGUCCGUCUGCCUCUCUCUGUCUCUCUCUCUGCCUCUCUCUCUGCCUCUCUGUCUCUCUCUCUGCCUCUCUCUCUCUCUGCCUCUCUCUCUCUGUCUCUCUCUCUGCCUCUCUCUCUCUCUGCCUCUCUCUCUCUCUCUCUCUCUGUCCGUCUGCCUGUCUCUUUCUCUCGCUCUCUCUGCCUCUCUCUCUCUCUCUGCCUGUCUCUCUCUCUGUCCAUCUGCCUCUCUCUCUGUCCAUCUGUCUGUCUCUCUCUCUGUCUCUCUCUCUGCCUGUCUCUCUCUCUCGCGCUCUCUGCCUCUCUCUCUCUCUGCCUGUCUCUCUCUCUCUGUCCAUCUGCCUCUCUCUCUCUGUCUGUCUGCCUGUCUCUCUCUCUGUCUCUCUCUCUGCCUCUCUCUCUCUGUCUCUCUCUCUCUCUGUCUGUCUGCCUGUCUCUCUCUCUCGCUCUCUCUGCCUCUCUCUCUCUGCCUGUCUCUCUCUCUGUCCAUCUGCCUCUCUCUCUCUGUCCAUCUGUCUGUCUGUCUCUCUCUCUCUCUGCCUGUCUCUCU